AAGGCUUCGAGAGAGCUCCGUCCUCGUCCKUGUGCGAUUUCCCUUUGCCUUCCUGGCGCGCCCGAGCGGUGAGGAUGGUGGCCGGCUGCGCCGAGUGUCCGUCCGUGCGAGCUCUGUGACCCAGGACGGCGGCCGAGUUUUCCUCUGCGGCUCCUGGGACUGCUGAGCUCUUCCUGCGUUUCAGAUGGCCUUGCUCACUGCCUUGCUCUGUGUGCCCACCCACUGCCUAUGAGGAGCUGGGUCACAGUAAUGAAAGGCAGUAGUAGGAACAAGGAUCACUCGACAGAAGGAGAAGGAACUGGGAAGCGACCCAAAAGGAAGUGUCUUCAGUGGCAUCCCCUGCUUGCCAAGAAGCUCCUUGACUUUUCUGAAGAGGAGGAAGAGGAGGAGGAAGAGGAAGAUAUUGAUAAGGUGCAUCUUCUCGGCGCUGAGGGAUUGGAGCAGGAUGCCGAUGAAACGGAGGACGACGAGUCGCCGGAGCAGCGGGCUCGCCGGCCCAUGAACGCCUUCCUGCUCUUCUGCAAGCGGCACCGCUCCCUCGUGCGCCAGGAGCACCCCCGGCUCGAUAAUCGGGGCGCCACCAAGAUCCUGGCGGACUGGUGGGCCCUUCUAGAUCCGAAGGAGAAGCAGAAGUACACUGACAUGGCCAAGGAGUACAAGGAUGCAUUCAUGAAGGCAAAUCCAGGGUACAAGUGGUGCCCUACAACAAACAAACCUGUGAAAACCCAGACAUCAACUGUUACAAACAGGAAAAAGCUGUGGGCCUUUUCGUCAGACUCCGCGAAAGAUUUACCAAGCCCCAGGAAAGUGGCAAAAAGUGAAGAAAUGCCCCAGCUUAACUUCGGAAUGGCAGAUCCUACACAAAUGGGAGGCCUGAGUAUGCUGCUUUUAGCAGGGGAGCAUGCCCUGACUGCACAGGAGGUUUCCUCGAGUACUUGCCAGUCGGAUGCRACUAAUUCUACGGAAACCUGCCAGAAGUCAUCACUGUUUCAGUUUGCAGAGAUCUCUUCAAGCACAUCGCAGCCAGAUGUCCCUGCGGCUGUAAAACAAACGGAGGAGUCUGCACUGUUUCAGUUCGCUGAGAUCUCAUCAAAUACUUCCCAGUUGUCAAGUCCUGAGCCAGUAAAGCACUGUGGGAAGUCGCCACUCUUCCAGUUGGCAGAGAUUUCUUCAAGUACAUCCCAUUCAGGUCCUUCUGAUUUGACAAAGCAGUGUGGAACAUCAGCAUUAUUUCAGCUGGCAGAGAUGUGCCUUGCUUCAGAAGGAGUAAAAGUGAAAGAGUCUGGGAAAACAAAAGUGGAAGCACCAGAGGAUGUGACGAGAGAGAUUGCAGAGGAAAUGGAAGCAGAAAAACUAGAGAAAACAACAAUAAAGGACUCCUGUAAAGGAAAAGUAGAGCAGUCGGAGAUGGGGAAGAUACAAGACUGGGAUGAGACAAAAACUGAGGACCCAGACACUGCAAAAUGCAGUCAUUUUACCAGUCUUGUGGUGGAGAGCAGUCACUUUGAGAGAAGUGACAGCUCAAAGGAGCACACGUGCCGCUCUCCAGAGCUUUCCAUGGCUGACAUGAGUCUCUUCGGGCUAAGCAAGCCGGAAAAGAUAAAGAAGAAAAAGAAAAAAAAUAAGCUGGAGCGGCACUCCAGUGAAAAAUCCACCCCUAAGAAGCCGUGUAAAAAGAGGCAGUCCUCCGAGUCGGACAUUGAGAGCGUCAUGUACACGAUUGAGGCUGUUGCAAAGGGGGACUGGGGUGCCGAGAGACUCGCUGAAAUCCCCCGCAAAAAAGCRCGCCCGGCCUCCAGCGCGAAGGGAAGCCUGCUGGACACAAAAUCACCAAAGAAAAAAGUGAAGUCGAAAGAGAAGAAGGCCUCGAAGGAGAAACCCACGGAGACCACCAAAGAAUCUAAGCCUCCCGAUUUCCUUAGUAUUGCAGCCAGCAAGGAAGUGCCCUGCGAGGCUGCUGAUAACAUGAAGGUGGAACCACUGACCCCCACCGAGGAGGUGGCGCCCCAGAGCUUGCCAGGACAGGUCAAAACGGAGGACAGUGACUGUGUUAAAAAGAUAGAGACCUGUGGCUCCAGGAAAUCGGAGAGAUCGUGCAAAGGUGCUCUUUAUAAAACUCUGGUGUCAGAGGGCAUGCUCACGUCUCUGCGUGCUAAUGUGGACAGAGGUAAAAGAAGCUCAGGAAAAGGCAACUCCUCAGAUCAUGAAGGAUGCUGGAAUGAAGAAAACUGGGCUUUUUCACAAAGCGGGACAAGUGGGAACAAAAAACUGAAAAGGCCUAAGCCAAAGGAGGAGUUCGUUUUGGGCUUAGCAAAGCUAGAAGAAGAAUUCGAAAAGAAAUUCAACAGCCUCCCUCAAUACAGUCCUAUUACCUUUGACCGGAAAAGUUCAUCUGUUCCGAGGAAAAAGAGAAAGGUUGGAAGCGGCUCAUCUGAACAACCAAAAUCCAACAAAGCCAUACUCUCAGAAUACAGAAAUUCCAGUGAGCCUGCCUGGAAGAAUAARAUAUCUAUAUCUGCCCUCAACACUUCAGAGCCAGCAAUGAUGCAUGAACCCUUAGUUGGCAGCCAGAAGAGGAAAGCAAGGAAAACCAAGAUCACCCAUCUUGUCCGAACAGCCGAUGGUCGAGUGUCACCAGCAGGAGGGACACUGGAGGAGAAGCCAAAAGAGCUGCCGCAAAGUACUCUUCAAAAAACGUCAAGUGCAGAAACAGACUGCAACAGUGAGUGCUCCAGAAACACAGAGUCAGAAGAAACUCAUAGUAUUACACCAGAUAUGCCAGCGGUGUCUGCAUUUUUUAGCCUAGCUGCUCUGGCAGAAGUAGCAGCAAUGGAAAAUGUACACAGGAGCCAGAGGGCGCCGCCUCUGCCGCACGAGGGACAGCCCAACGACAUGUCUCAGGCUCCAGUGCUGAUCUCCUGCGCUGACCAGUGAAGCUCCACUCUAUUGUAAAACAUUGUGCUUUACCUAAUAUCCUAGCCUUGUCUUUACCAAGGGAAGCUAGUCAGUCCAUGUGAUGGAAACUAUAGACUGCAAGCAAGUGCUUAUUGCUCUGAGUGGCCCAGAAUUCACUGGAAGCCAGACAUUAGCAACUUGGGCCAGGUCCUCAAAUCGGAACCCAGUGUGUGUAGGAGGGUGAUGUUAUUUGUCUCUUAAUGAACAGAAACGGAAUGAUCCCAGAGCUCGCUUUCUGGCGAAGGCUUUUAAGCAGUAAAUGGGUGGUUGAUGUGGAAAAGGCUGCCUUCCUUUUACUGUAGCUCACACGGCGUCUCUUUUACCAACCAGAGAGUAUGGCAACUAGUUUCGUAUAAUACCUAGUUAUUCUAAAUGAAAAGAGAAAAAAUACAACAACAACAACAACAACACUGACGCACUGCACUAGUUAUUAUUAGAUAUUCUUAGUCAUUUUUGUACAUGAAGAUUUAAGUUCUAAGAUGGUUUAUAUUAAUAGGUUAUGCCUACGUUUAUAUUGUAGAAUGAAUUUAAAACCUGCUCCAGAGAACUCAAGGCAGCCUGGACAGAUGUACCAUUGUUAGCGGUGUUUGGGCAGCCAUGUGGUCCAGAUGUUCUGCACUUUUAUAUUUGCCACCGGAGUGGUAGAGUUUACUGGCAAAAAUUUCUGACAGGCUAUAUUUGGGUUUUGUUUGUUUUUUAAUUUAGCUUUGAGUAACCAGGAUGAUGUGCAUUAGAAAAAGGAGUGGUGUAUGGAAGAGAGAGAUACUGCAGAUGAUUGACUUGUCUCUCAUGCCUUGGAGGGUUCCUUUAUUUUUGCAUAGAUUACCUGAGUGACUUGGUGAAAUGUUCCUGUAAACAAAAAGUACUGCAAAUAUGUUGUUCAGAAGUGACCUUAGUAUUAUUUCACCAUUCUGAAAAACCUGAAAACGUGGCUUUUCAAUAUGCAUUCACACCGAUAGACACACCUUUCACAUGUGACAGGCGCUGGCAUCAUUGCAGUUACUAUGCACAGUCUAAAUUGGCUUCAUAGGUUGCAUGAAGGGCCAAUUGCAGUUUGUGUCGGUGAAGUUGUACGCAGGUAAACGACGACUGAAGAGUAACGCGCGACUGAAUUCAGACCACCAAACAGAGAUUCAUUUGCCAGUUUCUGUCUCUGCUUCUGUUGGAUUUUUGUGUUUUGCUCUCAUAGAUACAUCCCAAAAGCCGGGCCACGUGUAUCACUUGGCCAGCUGCCUUCACUAUCUUGACUUACACUAUUGUACAACCAAGCAUUGAUUCCUACCGACAGACGCAAAAUGAUCACUAGUAAUUAAUCGAAAGCUACAAGUUCAACAGGGUACUUCUUCUAUAGCACAAGAUGUUUCCCUACUCUUUGCAUUGUAGCACAACAAUUUACCAAAUUGGACUCCAGCAAUAAUUUUCUAUUAGUCUUCGUCAAACUGGCUGAACUUUUGAUAGUAUUAGGUUGAGUUUGAAGUUCUUUGAAUUAAGUCUUUAAAUGAUGAGAGUUUACAUCGUUCUAUCAGGCAUUCUUAUUUAUACUUGACUGAACUGAUAAAAGUGUUUUGGGGUUAUUUUGUAACUAAUUUGAUGUAAUAGCCAUACGGACAGUAACUCUAUUAACGCUUGCUAGGUUUUGCCUUUCGUUGUCGUAGCGAAGCGCAAGUCUUUGGUUCCUGGUUGAGAAAUGACACACAACGUGCCACACGAGCUGUAACGGCGGCUGAAGGUCUCGCAAAAAGGCAGGUAGCAUCAGUAGGACAGCACCAUCAAGGAUGCCUGUGUUGGAAGAAGGGAACAGCAGCAACAAAAGAACAAUAAAAUUUAAGAGCUAACGAGUCAGUGAAAAAAKGCUGUUUAAAAACCCAGGUAAAUUCAUGACCUAGAGCCCCCCUAGAAUGCCAUUGCCGUCUAUGGCAGUAUUUUUAAUAAGAUUUUAUUAAGGUUUUUGUAAGUUAUUUUAACAAGACAGGAAAAGCUUAAAGCGAUAGGGUCACGGUGAGGUGGCUGUUGGAGUUUUGGACCACUUUAUAAUUAGCUGAAAUCCAAAUAUGUUACAGUGCAGGCCGUUCACGUUGACAAUGGUACUAACUUAUUUCUCUAGAAACCCUUAGAGUAGAUAUAUUUUUGUCAAAGCACCCCAUCCUUCCUCAAUUUAAAUUUCAAUAUUGUUCCUGAAGAUAUUUCUGUAUAUUAAUGGUACCUUUUUUAAAAGAAACAGAAAAUUACUUUUUUCUAUAUGAAUUAAUAUCUUACUUGAUCUGCUUUUCCUUGACUUUCCCUUAGAGAGGGGGUAGGGUUGGGUCAGUUUACUGGAUAUGACUGUUUUCAGAUACUUAUAAACCUUUUUGUAGAUAUGCUUAAUUUUUAAGCGAUUAGGCACUGAGAGUAGCAGAAAUCCUGCAAAGCUUUAUAGUUCACUAGGCAUUUGCCUUUGUUGGUUCUCCGAGUGAUGUCUUGAUUUCAGUAGCUAGAAUUUUCCCUGAAUCUACUAGAAGGGGUAUCAGUAUUUUCAGGUAACAAAAUCUGUUAGCACAACAAAAAAAAAAAUCAGACCAAUAUUUUACUGUAUUGGGUUUCUUUUUUUUUUUUUUCCUUUUCUUUUCCUCUCGUGUUUGUUUGUUUUGUUUUAAUUUUUAUUAAUUUCAGCUGCUUUCAUUUUGGAAAAUCAUAUUGCUAUCGUGUGUACUGCAGUAUACCAGCAAACACUGUUACCCGUUAUCCACAAAUGCCUCUAGAGAAGAAAUUGUUGCACCUUAUGUAUAUCUCAAGCAAACCAAAAUAUGAUGCUUUUCUGCUUUGUUUAUUCUGAAUAUGUUGUAUCAUACUUUACUGAACCCAUUUUAACUUAGCUAAAGCUAUCAAUAUUUAUGCAUUUCACAUUAUUUUCUGGAUCUGAACCUGUGUAUAAAUCUUUCUUAAAAAAAAAAAAAGAAAAAGAAAAAAAAAAGCAAUUAUCGUAGUCCUCCUCUAUGACUUAUCCAUGGGAGCGGGGAAUCUUGUCUCAAGUGUAAAAUGCAGUACUGUCCCAGUUUUCCUUGGCUUUUAUUUAUUUAGCGAUCUUUGAUAUUUCACAUAUUGUUUUGAGGUAUACAAAGUAUAUGAUCGUAGCUGAAGCUACAGACAUACGCAGCUGGGAGAAAAUUACUGUAAUGUCUUCUUAAUUGUUCUAGUACUGUAUACAGGUAUGGGAAAUGCGU